AUGGGUUCAAGGCUGUUGUCCCUUCUGGCCAUUGCCGGUGUCAGCUAUGCGACCUCUCAGGCCUCGUGCAAGUGUACUCCAAAUGACUCGUGUUGGCCUUCUGUCGAUGCUUGGAAUGCCCUCAACACCACGGUAUCCGGGAAACUGAUCCACAAUCUCCCAGUGGCUAUUUCGUGCUACCCCGGUACUUACCAGAACGCCGAGGAAUGUGCCCGUGUCUAUUCGCAAUGGUCCGAUUCUCUAUUUCAAGAGCUUUCCCCGGUCGGAUACGUUUACCCCACGGACGUGCCCUGCCCUCCCGUUGACCUGAGCGCGGGCCAAGAACCUGGAACGUGCAUUCUGGGACCUGCCCCAGUGUAUACGAUCAACGCAACAGAGCCAGCCCAGCUAGCUGCUGGCAUGGCAUUUGCCCAAAAGAACAAUAUUCGCCUGGUCAUCAGGAAUACGGGACAUGAUUUGUUGGGAAAGAGUUCGGGCUAUGGAGCACUGCAAAUUUGGAUCAAGUAUAUUCAGGAAGGAAUUGACUUCCACGAGACUUACACUCCUUCCGAUCAAUGCGCAAGCUGCGAUUGGACAGGCUCUGCAAUCACAAUUGGUGGAGGAUACGUGUGGGAAGACGUGUAUGAAGUGGCCUUUAAGCGAAAUUUCACCGUUGUUGGUGGAGGUGAUCCGACCGUUGGCUGCAUUGGCGGUUACACACAGGGAGGCGGUCACUCGCCAGCUAGCCAUGACUACGGUCUUGCUGCGGAUCAAGUCCUCGAAGCUCAAGUUGUGCUAGCCAAUGGCUCUAUUGUUACGGCUAAUGCUUGCCAAAAUUCGGAUCUCUACUUUGCCAUUCGCGGCGGUGGAGGUGGUAGCUAUGGUGUCGUUACCUCGAUGACGGUCAAGGCAUACCCCAGCAAAUCCAUCGUGGCACAAUCCCUUACAAUUGUCCCGCUGAGCGAAGAUACUGAUCCACUACUCGAAGCUAUUACCGAUGUCUACGAGCAAUAUCCCAGCGUCAUGGAUCAGGGAUUCUCGGGUUACGGUUCCUGGGCUAUCAACGCCCCCACGAAACUCUUCGGUAACGAGACCAUUGGCUAUGUUCAUGCCACUGCGGUUAUGGGCAAGUCGCUCGCUGAUGCUCAGGAAAUCUUUGAGCCGCUUUUGAAAACUCUACAGCAGUAUAACGGUACUUCGCUUCAUGUGUCCGUCUCAUGGUAUGAGUUCCCAACAUAUGCAGCCUAUUACCGGGCUAUGUCGGGUUCCAAGCAAUCUGUCACAUCGGGAAACAAUGCUUUGUCUUCGCGAAUGAUGGGGAAAACUGCUUUGACGUCUAGUCGGACUCGCCUGCGUGCCAUGAUCGGAGUCGUUGCAGGUAAAACCACUGAAUAUGCGAUCAAUAAUGUGGUACUUGCUGGUGGCGGCAAGGUCCUCACCGAUGGCAGUGAUAAAUACUCUGGCCUCAACCCUGCGUGGCGCUCGACCUAUAUCAUGCAUGUUGUCGCCAGGGGCUGGGCAGACGAAUCCACUGCCCAGUCUGUGAAGGAUGAUAUCACAUACAACAAAGGAAGAGCCAUGGCCCUACUGACACCAACCCUCGGCAGUUACUUGAAUGAGGCCGACCGCAACGAUCCCCUGUGGGCUAUCAAUUUCUAUGGUACCAACUAUCUUCGGCUGGCAGUGAUCAAGAAGAAGUACGAUCCAACGGGUCUGUUCUACUGCCCGACUUGUGUGGGCAGCCCUUCGUGGUAUCAGCAGUAUCUUCCAGGCACACACUGGGGUCCCUUGUGUCCAACCGGGCUUUGA